UCCAGGCAAGAGUAAGAAAAAUAAUCCAAUCCAGACAAGAAACCUUCUUUGUUAUUGUCUGAUCACAUCAAAUAUUUCAGUUCCAUUAUUGUUCUGUUUUCUUUUUGUUUUCUGUUUCAUCCUGUAAAACCCAGAAGUUGGUUUCUACAAGCAAACAUGAGCAGAGAAGUUGCUGAGAGAAUUCAUAUUCUGUUCUUCCCCUUUAUGGCUCAUGGCCACAUGAUUCCAGUUCUAGAUAUGGCCAAGCUUUUCGCGUGCAGAGGAGCCAAAUCAACCCUUCUCACAACUCCAAUCAAUGCUAAGAUCUUGGAGAAACCCGUUGAAGCAUUCAAAGUUCAAAACCCUGGUUUCGAAAUCCGAAUCAAGAUCUUCAACUUCCCUUGUGUAGAGCUUGGACUGCCUGAAGGAUGCGAGAACGGUGACUUCAUCAACUCAUACCAAAAAUCUGACUCAGGUGACUUGUUCUUGAAGUUUCUUUUCUCUACCAAGUAUAUGAAAGAUCAGUUGGAGAGUUUCAUUGAAAAAUCCAAACCAAGUGCUCUUGUGGCCGAUAUGUUCUUCCCCUGGGCGACAGAAUCUGCUGAGAAGUUCGGAGUGCCAAGACUUGUGUUCCACGGCACAUCUUUCUUUUCCCUUUGUUGUUCGUAUAACAUGAGGAUUCAUAAGCCACACAAGAAUGUUGCUACGAGUUCUACUCCUUUUUUCAUCCCUAAUCUCCCCGGGGACAUAGUUAUCACGGCAGACCAAGCUAAUGUUGCUGACGAAGAAACGCCAAUGGGAAAGUAUAUGAAAGAGGUUAGGGAAUCAGAGACCAAUAGCUUUGGUGUCUUGGUGAAUAGCUUCUAUGAGCUGGAGUCGGCUUAUGCUGAUUUUUACCGAAGCUUUGUUGCGAAAAGAGCUUGGCACAUUGGUCCCCUUUCGCUAUCCAACAGGGAGUUUUCAGAGAAAGCCGGAAGAGGGAAAAAGGCCAACAUUGAUGAGCAAGACUGCCUCAAAUGGCUCGAGUCUAAGCCACCUGGUUCAGUAGUUUACUUGUCCUUUGGGAGCGGAACUAACCUCACCAACGAACAGCUGUUGGAGAUUGCUUUCGGUCUUGAAGGCUCUGGACAAAAUUUCAUCUGGGUGGUUAGGAAAAAUGAAUACCAAGGUGAAAAUGAAGAGUGGUUGCCUGAAGGGUUUGAGGAGAGGACAACAAAGAAGGGGCUGAUAGUACGGGGAUGGGCGCCGCAAGUGCUAAUACUUGACCACAAAGCAAUUGGAGGGUUUGUGACACACUGCGGAUGGAACUCGGCUAUGGAGGGCAUUGCUGCAGGGCUACCUAUGGUGACAUGGCCAAUGGGGGCGGAACAGUUCUACAACGAGAAGCUAGUGACAAAUGUGUUGAGAAUAGGAGUGAAUGUCGGAGCUACCCAGUUGGUGAAAAAAGGAAAGUUGAUAAGUAGAGAACAAGUGGAGAAGGCAGUGAGGGAAGUAAUAGCUGGUGAGAAGGCAGAGGAAAGGCGGCUAUGGGCUAAAAAGCUGGGCGAAAUGGCUAAAGCCGCUGUCGAAGAAGGAGGUUCUUCUUAUAAUGAUGUAAACAAGUUUAUGGAUGAGCUGAAUGGUAGAAAAUAAAGUAAGACAGAACAUGUUUGAUUUUGUGAGAUGGAUCGUUUGCCACUAUUUGGUAAGAGAAAUUCCGUAUUAUGUCAAAUUGAAUAAAACUGGAGGACAUGUAACUUUUAGUA